ACGUUUGGCACUUAGCCUGGAGAACUGUAGCAUAGCACCCGGCGCACACUGGAUUUCUGCUCACUCUCACUACCUCCCUUUCCUUAAUCUCUAAUGGUCGCCCUGCCCGAUGAAGAUGGCGGGAUGUUUGACGACUACCCAGGUGUAGAUGAACAUAGUUGUCAACUCCUUGGACCCACCGCGCUGGUCGUGCAAGGGCUAAUGGGAGUCCUUGUGAUCCUCUCUUUAAUGUAUAAACGACAUAGAGAGUCACCUAAAAGACCCUGGCGAAUAUGGUCUGUCUGCACUGGAUACUCACUUCACGUUAUCUGUUGACCACUGGAUACCAUUUGUUACCAUUCCGAUAUAGGUGGUUCGACGUCUCGAAACAAGUCGCUGGGCAGAUGUUUGUACAUGGCGUGAACGUGCUGAUAUCUGGCAUUGUUGCACAUUUCUCGUCAGGGAAUGCAUGUGUUCUGUAUUUCUUGAACAUCCUGUUGGAUACAACUCUCGGUGUUGCAAUUAUAUACCUCAUCCUACACGUCUCAACAUAUGUCCUGACCGAGAAGUUCCAGCUGAAGGGCUUCGAGUCCGGGAAGUAUAGCAACCCACCAUCCAUCAGUUACUGGAUACGACAAACUGCUGUUUAUGUGUUCUCUCUUACGACGAUGAAACUCUCAGUUGUCGCCUUAUUCGCUUUAUGGCCCGGAAUCUUCAAGAUGGGGGAGUGGCUGCUUGGGUUUCUUGGGCCGAGUGAGGCAGCUCAAGUCAUAUUUACUAUGGGCUUAUUCCCUAUUUUCAUGAACGUAGUUCAGUUCUGGUUGAUUGACUCAAUAGUCAAAGCAAACGCUCAAAACACGUCUCUUGCACUGCCAUCCGAUACCCCUCGGUCUUCCUUGGGCGAAGAAGAACCGUUAUUCCAAGUAGAUUCUGAUGAUGAAGACGAUGGCGAGGCUGCCAAUCGCCCACACGACAUUGAGAAUCCACCACUGCACACUCGAUCGUUGUCAAGAGGAAGUGGAAGGCGAUCGAGGUCAACUGACGAGCGCAAACUCUCUGCCACAAGUACCGCGAUCUCGUCUGGUUCAUCAAGCCCAAGUCCAAAGGACACUGAACUUGACAAUCAAGCCAUAGCUCUGCAUGCAUAUCCACCAAACGGAAGUGCAAGCACAUCACCUGUAUCGUCUUCCUCUUCGAGGGUAUCGAGCACGUCUCCUAAUCCUAAACGAAGACGUAGGUCUCCACCACCGCCACUACACCUUCAACCUCGAUCACCGCCUCCCCCUGCUGUAAACGUGACACCUGAUAUCCAUGAUCAAGCCCCGCCUGACGUAAAGGGUACCAACACACGCGAUGAGAAGGAAUGGGCUUGGGACGACGAGACGGUGGAUGACUGGGAAGAUGGCCACGAAGAUCCGAUAGCGGACCACCCUCAACAUGUUGGCAAGGAGGUAUUGGGCAGAGGGGAAGCGGCUUCUAGGAUGAUUCGGACAUAGGAUUGUGGCUGCUAUAUUCUCUAUUUCUUGACACUUCGGCAUACCUCGUUGCAUAUUUGUACCAUUAGCAUUCUUUACACUACCCACGCACCCUAUUUUAGAUUCGGUCUCUUGGAAGAGACAUUCUGGAUUUGUACUCGGAGAAUAUCACGAGAGGAUGCGAGCCAAUC